GCCUUUCCGCCGACCGCUCGUCCAAUCAGCGAGCGAGGAGACCCACUGCGUCGCGAGGCCGCGUCCAAUCGCGUGUGGGGGGGCGGAGCGUUGUGUUAAGGCCUCUAAGUAUCGCAAGCCGCGCUCUCUGUUCAGGACGCUUUGCACACGUGGAAGGAGUAACACCGGGAGUCGACAGGUGAGCGCAGAGCGGGCUGUUUGCCCAGUCCGGGGGAGGGCGGCUUGGCACAGGGCCGCUCUCUCGGUGUUAGCCGGGGUCUGGCUGAGUGGUUACCCCGGGGAUUCAGGCCUGCGGGGCGGGCACAGGCCCAGGAAGCGGCAACGUACACCCACACCGGCUUCACAUACACAGCCGGGGCCGGGCACAGAGCCGGGGCCGGGCACAGAGCCGAGGGUGGGCUGUCCCCGCUCUGAUCGAUACAGGCCCGCCCGGGCCAGCUCUCCGGAGAAGCCAGGCGGGGACCGACCCCCCCCCCACACACCGGGGGCGGAGAGCGCUAAUCGGGGCCUGGUCUCCCGGGGAGCCGGCAGUUGGAGUAUCCCGGGUAGCCGGGGGUUAGUGCGGCUGCCGGGGGGGGGCUGGGGAGCCAGGCCCGGUGUGGGGGAUCCUGCCUGGGCCCGCCAGCCUGGGAAGCCGGCAGUUGGUGGAUGUCGGGCCCGGGUCUCCUGGAAGCUGCAUGGCUGGGGAGAGGGCUGUGUGGAGCCGCUAAGCGGUGUAAACACCAGGUGCAGUAGGCCUCGCGGCCUGUUCUCCUCCUGGGCUGACUCGGUAAUGGUUCUCGGUAUUUACCAAGAGUGCGGAUUGUGGCGGUUAAUACCCCGCUCCCAGGCACACAGUGACCCACAUAGCGCUACUGGGGGCCGCCAUUUUGUUCAGCUCGCUGGUGUUGGUUUGACAUGCAGUGGUUAUAGUUGUGGAAGCUUUAAUGCAGUUAUUGCUUAGUGUGUGUAUAAUGGCUAGUGUAUUGUUAGUUUAAUAUGUACAUCUAUAUUCAGCAGACAGUAUGUGGCUUAGAUAUUGAUACCAUUCCCACUUCAUUUAUUUUGAAAAACAUUAUUUCUGAAAAUAUAUAGACUGGGGAUUAAUGCAUUGUUUACAGUUAAAUGAAAUUAGUGGGAAAUUGGGAAUUGUUAUUUAUUUGACCAGAAUGAAUGCUUUAUAUUCAUUUGCCUUGUGACUUUAGCUUGUCAGAGCUGGGGUGAAAGGGUGAUAUAAUAAUUAUACUAGCAUGGCCAUUUUGUCCUGACAUUUAGAGUACGUUUUAGGUUUCUGCAAUUCCCAUUUUAGAUGUGGCUUAUUGGGUUAUUGUGAGGCUAGUGUUGGAAGUAUGUGAAACUUUAAGUUUGUGAUAAUGUAGUCUGUUUACAAUGUUUAAUGCAUGCCCAAUUAAUCUGCAUUGUAAAUUUUUUUUUUUAGUGUAAGAUCGAUUAGCAUUAGUCUAUCAGUAAAUUAUGAGCGUAAUUUGGUCAACAAAAAUGUUUUUAACAGCAAUAGGCAUUUAAAUUGUGUGAUCGUACAUAUCAAAAGGACAAUAGACUGUAAUAUGGCUUUUUUUCUGGAUUCAUACAAUCAAUGGUUCUGACUUUUUAAAAAAACAAAAACAAAUUAUUUUUGAGGGUGUAUAGAUUGAAUGUAGUAUUUACUUAUUGGUGAGAUAUUUGUAAAUACAGGAAGUGCAAAAUUUUGUUAGCUGCCAAACUUAGAUGUCAAAAAAUGUGUGCAUAUUGUCAAUGCAUCCUAUGCUGUUGACUAUACCAGAUUUAGGAGACAAUAUAUAGGAAAUUAAAUUGGUACCGUGGUAUUUUGAAUUUAUUUUUGUAUGUUCUGCUGCUGAGAACCACACAUUUAGUGCUUUGUUUUAAUUUGGGAAUGUAGGUCUUUAUAUGGGAAAUAACACAAUUUAAAACAGUCUAGUUAUAGUAAAUGCCAUAGAGAGAUUCAAAUUUGCACAAUAAACUGUAAAUACGGUUUAUUAUCCAUCUAUGCACUAUGUAUACUGUGAAGUUAGUUUUGCUUAGUUGUACAUUCAUCUUUUUUUCUUCAAUAAUAAAUGGUUCAUUCUAAGAUUCGGGUGACUUUGCGUACGUUGCCCUGAAUUUGUCUUUGCAACUACCAUCCUUUUGAUCAUUUUAUUUCUUCUACUAAUAGUCCAUGCCAGGCACUGUUCGUAAUGCUUCUUCCCAUAGGAUAAAAAAAAUCACUGUCCUUGUCCUUUUAGGUAUCAUGACUGAACAGGAUGUUGAGAAUGAGCUUUUGGACUAUGAAGAAGAUGAUGAGCCACAGGCACCUGCUGAAACCCCAGCCCCUACAGGAAGAAAAGAAGUGAAAGGCUCCUAUGUGUCCAUACACAGUUCUGGUUUCAGAGACUUCUUAUUGAAACCAGAGUUACUUAGGGCUAUCGUGGACUGCGGUUUUGAACAUCCCUCAGAAGGUUGGUAUCUUCCACAUUUAGUUUUUCUUCCACUGCUUGUAUCUCUCUUCCCAUCUCUUUAUGGGGCAUUUAAAACUAUGGGUGCAUUCCCUCUGAUUUGUUACUUUACAGUAUUUUGAAAACAGAAAAUACACUGAAGCCCAGUCAUUUGCAGAUUUUAUUUCCUCAUAUGUCAAAAAUAUUUGUAUGCAUACAUUUAAGUUAUUUAUACUUUCUGCUUCUCUAAAUUGACAUUGGCAAAUGUUUUUUACCAUGUUGGCUUGUACAUGUUAUUUCAAUAAUGUGUUAAUCAUUUUAUUUGGGUUUUCUGUUGAGCACAGACUUUGUGCCCGUCCACCAUGUUUUAGUUCUAUCCUUACAAUGUUUUUCUCCCUUUUCUUGCAGUUCAACAUGAGUGUAUCCCUCAGGCUAUAUUGGGAAUGGAUAUCCUGUGCCAGGCCAAAUCUGGUAUGGGAAAGACUGCAGUGUUUGUCCUUGCCACCCUACAGCAGAUUGAGGCAGUGGAGGGGCAGGUUUCAGUCUUAGUAAUGUGCCACAUACGUGAGCUAGCGUUCCAGAUCAGCAAAGAGUACGAGCGUUUUUCAAAGUACAUGCCUUCAGUGAAGGUAAGAAAGCAAUUUGUAUUGUCUGCUUUACAACAUGCUUAUGCUAUAGCGGCCUUAGUAGAAUUCCUGCUCACUCGACUUUUUCGUUUAGGUGGCUGUUUUCUUUGGUGGUCUCUCAAUAAAGAAGGAUGAGGAAGUGAUCCGUCGAAACUGCCCUCACAUUGUGGUUGGCACCCCUGGACGUAUCUUGGGUCUUGUCAGGGACAAAACUUUGAGUCUGAAGAAUGUUAAACACUUUGUGUUGGAUGAAUGUGACAAGAUGCUGGAACAACUAGGUGAGAUUUCAUAAAGCUUUUGGAUGGGGCUAUAAUAUGAAAUAACAGACUGUAAAAAUCAUAAAUUGUAACUAGGUGAUUUAUUUUUAAAUUUUAACUGCUGGCCUUUAAAUCUUUGUUCUCUUAAGGAACUAAUUUAGAAUUGAUGAGUAAAUUUUGGUGGCGUUUAUUUGUGCUAAAUAACUUGGAAGUGUAGUCUGUACUAUUUAAUAUAUAGACAUGAUUUAUAUAGUAGAUGUAAAAACGCCACAAAACAUUAACUUAAGAUGUGUAAUCAUUUUUCUAUUUUUUUCAGACAUGCGCAGGGAUGUGCAGGAGAUUUUCCGUCUUACCCCUCAUGAGAAACAAUGCAUGAUGUUCAGCGCUACUCUUAGUAAAGAAAUCCGUCCUGUCUGUAGGAAAUUCAUGCAGGAUGUAAGUUACUCUGGUCUUAUUGUAUGGCACAAAUUAGUAGUUCUUGAAGUACAUGGAAAUAUUGUAAAAGUCACCCAAUUGUGUUUUUUUUUUUUUUUUUUUAAAUGUAUAACUGCUAUGGUGCCCAAAAUAAUAUAAAAAAAAUAUUGAAACGUAGUCAACAUUCAGCACUCCCAGAUGUUGGAAUAAAUCUCACACAAUGCUCUUACAGCCACAAGGUUAGUAAAGCAUCAUGGGAGAUGUAGAUGAAGGUUGCCUAGACUAGUAACCAAGCCUAGUCUGGCAACUCUGAAUAAUCUGCAGGAUCCUUCAUAGAGCUGCAGCUGUCACCUAUUACUGAUGAGGGAAUCGUACGGCUGGCUUGCUGGCAGUAGCUCUGCUGUGUGGCACAUGUAACUUUUUUACUCGCUAUGGCUAAAUCUUUACUCGCUAAUGGCAAGUGGAAACUUUUGAGUCCUGUAUGUGUGCAUACAGUGGUAAUUGAGGUCAUCACUUUUUUGUAUUAUAGUGAGUAUGUGCUGCAAAGGUUUCUUCUUGGUUCAGAUGUUGGCUUUGUACAGUAAGCUUAGAGCUGAAAAGCAACUCUCAAAGCAUUUAUAUAAGGAGAAACCUGGUGUACGCUUAACACUGAUGUAGAAUGUUAACGAACAUUUGUGAUUUGCAACAUUUCCACCACCCAAACGUCACUUACAAUGCAAGCAAAGUGUAUCCUCCUGAUUAUUUAUAAGUGAUUUUGUAAUGAUUUAUUUUAGCCUAUGGAAGUUUUUGUGGAUGAUGAAACCAAGCUGACACUUCAUGGCUUGCAACAGUACUAUGUGAAAUUGAAGGACAGUGAAAAGAACCGAAAACUGUUUGAUUUAUUAGACGUUCUUGAGUUUAAUCAGGUGAGUGCUCUUAAAUUAACCCUAGAUGCUUUAGUGUGUGGUAUCUGCGUUAAACCUGCAGAAGGAAUAUAUGUUGUACCUACUCUUAUAAUCUUUCUCUCUAUCAGGUUGUGAUCUUUGUCAAGUCAGUGCAGAGAUGUAUGGCCCUGGCUCAACUCCUGGUAGAGCAAAACUUUCCAGCCAUUGCCAUCCACCGGGGCAUGGCACAAGAGGAAAGGUAAGCAGAUCCUUUCCCUUCAAAGAGCAAACCUAAACUAGUGUUUUGGAUUAGAAUAGUCUUGAGCUGUGCUUCUGCUGAAUGUCUUCAUUCAUAUAAAACACUCUUUUGCAGACUUUCUCGUUACCAGCAGUUCAAGGACUUCCAGAGAAGAAUCUUGGUGGCCACAGAUCUUUUUGGAAGAGGAAUGGACAUUGAGAGAGUCAAUAUAGUUUUCAAUUAUGACAUGCCUGAGAACUCUGAUACAUAUCUUCAUCGUGUGAGUAAAACUACCUUUCCGGAUUUGUUUAUUUCUUUAGUUUAAGUUCCUUAUGCCCUAUCUUUUCCUGUUCCUUAACUGGACCUGUCACUCACUUAUCCUUGCCAUUUUUUUGCAGGUGGCCCGUGCUGGUCGAUUUGGCACAAAGGGACUGGCUGUCACAUUCGUGUCAGAUGAAGAGGAUGCUAAAAUCCUGAAUGAUGUUCAAGACCGAUUUGAAGUCAAUGUGGGAGAACUUCCUGAUGAAAUAGACAUUUCUACUUACAGUAAGUAUUUUCUGCAUGCUCAUUUUCCCUUUUUUGUCCUGUCCAACCUCUGCAGUGUGUAUAUAUAUGUGUGUAUGUGUAUAUAUAUGUAUAUAUAUAUGUGUAUAUAUAUGUGUGUGUGUGUAUAUAUAUGUAUAUAUAUGUAUAUAUAUGUAUAUAUAUGUAUAUAUAUGUAUAUAUAUGUAUAUAUAUGUAUAUAUAUGUAUAUAUGUAUAUAUAUGUAUAUAUAUGUAUAUAUAUGUAUAUAUAUGUAUAUAUAUGUAUAUAUAUGUGUAUAUAUGUGUAUAUAUAUGUGUAUAUAUAUGUGUAUAUAUAUGUGUAUAUAUAUGUGUAUAUAUAUGUGUAUAUAUAUGUGUAUAUAUAUAUGUGUAUAUAUAUGUGUAUAUAUAUAUGUGUAUAUAUAUGUGUGUAUAUAUAUGUGUGUAUAUAUAUGUGUAUAUGUGUGUAUAUAUAAAAUUGUUUUUCCGUUGCAGCAAUUUUAGUUAUGUGUAGCUUUCUUCUGAGGGCGGUGCACCCCCCUACUCCUUUUAAUACAUACAAUCUGAAUUAAGCCAGUUUCUUGCUUUUGUUGUAAGACUGUACAGCUCUUAGUGGAAAUAUAACCUCUACAUUACUUUUCCCAUAAAGCACCUGGGUACACCAGACUCAUCUAUGCCAUGCCUAGGUUUGGUGAGAGCUCUCUGAAGCUGAAAAUUAAUUUGCAUGAACUUAAAAUAUAAAAAUAUUUUUACAGCUGUGCCAGAGUCCUGUGUUUUAGAGGAUCCUUAGACUAUUCAUUAUAGAGGAGAAUAAAACCCUGAUAUGUGCAUACUGGUGGCAUUCUGACCAUUAUUCAUUGUUACAAAUAAGCAGGGACAUUAUUAUUAUUAUUAUAAUUAUUAUAUAUAAUGCUUUGCGCAAUAGUAUGAUCUUAUGAUAUAUCCAACCCCAAUUCUCACAGUGCCACCAUCAACGGGAAAUAAACAAUUUGGAUAAAAGUAUAAUAUACAUUUAUUGACAAGAGCUUUUGCUAGACAUGUAUAUAAAUAUUUACAUAGAAAAUGUUAAUUUAUUUGUGCAUUAACUUUUUUUUUUCCUAUCUUCUUUCUACAGUUGAGCAGAGUCGAUAACCUGUUCCAGAGAUAGUACUGUAUCCAUGUGUUUGGCGUUUCCUUCUCUGUCUGGCCACACUGUGUUUGGAAAGUCUUUGCUUUUACAGUCUCUGGGGUUUUUUUUUUAUUAUUUUUAUUAAUGACUGUUUUUGUGUAAAGAAUGGGGGGGGGGAAAUUAAAACUUUUUUUAUUAUUAAAUGUGUCUGUUAUGAUUUUCUCUAUCAGGAAAUGACUUAAAUCCAGCGUUAAGCUGGCUCAUGGGGUUUUACAGAGUUUACAAGUUGUCUUAGUAGGCAAUCUGAUUCCACGGAGGAGAGUGAAGUAAACAAAUGUAUUAAAAAUGCAUCUUCUAUGUAGUCUAAAUGAAGAAAUCUGAAAGUGCAUUCCGUCGUGUCCCAUGGUAACUGCUCCAAUUCUCAAAUAUGUUGAGCACCAGCAGAUUGAUCCGUGUGGGAUGUGUUGCUGAUACAGGGACUGACUAUGACUUAUUGUACAUCCCUGGUUAACACAUUCUAAAACUCCAACCUUUUCACCAGAAUAGUGAAUUAAUCUGUCAUGUCCUUGUUGUGUGCAUUGUUUAAUGCCCUUUAGCUUGCCAAGCAUAAGCUGAUGUAAAUGCUGUCUAUAAAUUGGUUUCCUUGCUUGAAAGCUUUGCCUGCAAAAAAAAACAAAAAACAUUUAUAUAAAACAAAAAAAAGGAAUGUUCUCAUUCACGAGGAGUAGAAGCUUUUGAUUGUGUUCUUACUUUGCUCUGUGUGGCACUAUUGCUGGUGCUGCUAAACUCGGUGUACGAUGACAGACUCUUGAAGUGGAUGGCAGCACACAGCCACAUGGCAUACUCUUCACGUACCU